AGAAGCAGUAAUAAAAUAUUUCUCUCUUUGAAUAACCAUUCCUCCUUGAAUCUCUUAAAGAUAUAUCCAGUAAUAUAUCUCAAGAGUUUCAAUAAUGGAAUGGCGUCCGUUUGAUAUCACGGUGCUCUCUUCAAACGACAUUAAAAAUGUCAAUCUUUAUUACCCUAUGGAUGUCUAUGUAGAAGUAUCCAUUUUUGGCUAUGCCAAAAACAAAAAAAAGACAUUUGUGGACAAAAAAGGUGGCACUAGCCCCAGGUGGAAUUACCCCAUGAAAUUUACCUUGGAUGAGCCUUCACUCACUAAGCCUGAUCUUUCCCUCUUUUUUCGCCUUAGAUCAAAUCGCUUCUUUGGAGAUAAGGAUAUUGGCAUUGUUACUAUUCCAAUCCAAGAACUCUUUACAGAUUCCGGUUCCAACGACGAUGGUAGUGUUGAGAGAGUUGUGGAGUAUCAAGUCUUCACAGCUGGGACAAGGAAACCUAAAGGUACACUAAAGUUUACCUACAAGUUUGGAAAGAAAUUUGCUCAUUCCCACCAACAUAUCAAUGGGUAUCAUACAUUGCCAGCUGGCACGACUCAACACCAACAUGUUAUUGGCUAUCCACCAACUCAUUUGCCACCAGUUUGGUGUGGUACGUCAUCUACUGGGAUGACGUACCACCAACAUCAAUAUUCUCCUCCUGGAUAUGGUGGAUACCCAGCUGCAAUGCCACCAGCUAGGUAUCCACCUGCUGGAUAUAAUGAUCAAUAUCAUCAACCUCCACUAGGAUAUGGAUAUAAUCCUCAAAUGCAGCAACAAGUACAACAACAACCAAAUAAUAAUAAGGGUAAUAAGUUUGGAGUGAUGGGAGUAGGAUUGGGUAUGGGUGCAGGGCUAGUUGGUGGUGCAUUGGUCGGACAUGCGGUUUCAGAUGCAAUGGACUAAACAAGUCUCUAUAUUUUGGCUUUUGGGAUAAUUCAUAAUGGUGCAUGUUUUCUGAGAUUUUUUUUCAUAUGGAUCUACUGUAAGAGAUGUAUAGACAAAAAGAUUAUGUAGUUGCCAUUUCUUUUUUGUAUUAUUUGUAUAUUAAGCAUUCUUUUCAAUUUUCAAAUUUUUAGUUAGAA